AUGGCGGCUGCAAUGGCGGAGUUGACUCGCCAAAACCAAGAGUUAAGAAUGGAGAUUAAUCAGAGAAGACAAACACGUGAGGAGCGUGAAGGAGGACAAACACAGGGUCAUGGUGAAAAUACUGAAAUUGGAAGUCAAUUAAGAGGCACUACCUCACGGACGGUACCACACUUGAAAGAAGAGAUGGACCAAAUGAAGAAAGUCAUGGAGGAAAUGAAAGAGAACAUGAGGAGGACGAAUCCUAUAGAAGAUUUGGUCCACAGAACUGAUUCUCCCUUUACGGCUUCCAUCAACGGUCAUCCUCUACCAUCAAAUUUCAAGUUGCCUUCUCUGGAUUCAGCCUUCCCUACCACCCUCAAAGGUCCGGCACGAGUCUGGUUCAGCAAAAUACCCCCAAGUUCUGUAAGUUCUUUCGAAGAGUUGAGCAAGUUGGUUGUUAACAAUUUCAUCGAGGGAGAGAGACACAAGCGUUCCUCAUCCAGCUUGUUGACCAUAGAGCAAGGGGAGAAUGAGAGUCUGCGGUCAUUCAUCACUCGCUUCAACAGAGAAGCCUUGAGUGUGGACGAGGUAGACGACAAGCUUCUAUUGACGGCCUUCCAUAAUGGGAUUAAUUCUGAUCUAUUUAUCCACAAGCUAUAUGAGAAAGAGCCUCAAACCAUGGCUGAACUAGUCCAUUCGACUCAAAACUUUAUGAAUGCAAGAGAUGCGAUCAUAGCCAAGAAGAGGAAAAGAGCUGAAAGGAUGGAAGCGCACCCAACACGCCACUCAGAAUAA